AUGCCUGGAACAUAUAGAUAUUCUGCAACAUUUGACAGAACAUAUGAAGAAGAGACUCCUCCUUCGUCGGAUUCUCGAUCACGACCAAAGACAAGGCAACCAUCCUACGGACGUUCGCUGAGCGAUUAUGGCUGUCAUCGCCGUUCGACGUCUACCGACAGUCUCGAUAGCAUGUGUGGAAGCAGCAGUAGUAGUACCAGUCAUUCGAGACAAGUGUCGGGAGAUAGCACUGAAUAUAUUCCAACAAGAAGGCUAAGUAAAGCGAGUGCAAAACCAGCUCAUAACCCUUUACAGUUUGUUAAAAUAAGUCAAAUUCCAUUAUAUAGGCAGCAACAAGAACAGAAGAAAACAGAAACAAAAGUAGUGAAAGAAAAAGUAAAAGAAGAAGAAGAAGAAUGGCAAUCUAAUUUAGAUAGUUGGAAAUCAAGGAGAAGGAAACAAUCAGAAGGAUCUUUACAAAGGCUGGAAGAGAUAAGGAGGAUCGAGUUAGAGGAACAACAAAGACAAUUAGAACAAAAGAAAGUGCGAACGAAAACGUUUUCAGAAAUGAUGGAAGAAAGGGCCCAUAGACCAAAACAGUAUAAUCUACUUAUACUUGGAAGGCCUGCAAGUGAAGAUGAAAUGAAAUCUGAUGAAGAUAUUUCUAGUAUGAAAUCUGAUACAAAUGAAGAUAAUGAAAAAGCAAACAAUGACAAAGUUAUUUCAAACAAUACAAUGCAACAAGAACAGAAGAAAACAGAAACAAAAGUAGUGAAAGAAAAAGUAAAAGAAGAAGAAGAAGAAUGGCAAUCUAAUUUAGAUAGUUGGAAAUCAAGGAGAAGGAAACAAUCAGAAGGAUCUUUACAAAGGCUGGAAGAGAUAAGGAGGAUCGAGUUAGAGGAACAACAAAGACAAUUAGAACAAAAGAAAGUGCGAACGAAAACGUUUUCAGAAAUGAUGGAAGAAAGGGCCCAUAGACCAAAACAGUAUAAUCUACUUAUACUUGGAAGGCCUGCAAGUGAAGAUGAAAUGAAAUCUGAUGAAGAUAUUUCUAGUAUGAAAUCUGAUACAAAUGAAGAUAAUGAAAAAGCAAACAAUGACAAAGUUAUUUCAAACAAUACAAUGAAAAAUAGCAUACCUAAUGGGAGUUAUACAACAGAAAAUGGAAUAAACAAUAGCACUGAACGAGAUAAAAAUGAAGUAGAGAGAAGUAAUGCAAAUAGUGGUUAUACCAAUAUCGAUUCUGGGUUGGAUAGUUUGAGUAGUAGUCACAAAGCUGGUGAUAUCGCAGAUAGCGCUUCAGACUUUAGUCAAGAUAGCGGCAGCAGUUUAGAUUCUGAUUUUCAACAUACAACAGGAUCUUUAACUACUGGUGUUGAACUACUCGAAGAAUUUAGUUCCAAUCCAUUAUCACACUAUGAGAAAAAAAGUGAUGACGGGGUGGAAUUAUUUUUGAGGAUCUGGUUAAAACAAGGAAGUGAAAGUAAAGAUUUUGGUUUUGUUGUAAAGGAAGGAAAAGAUCAAAGUACACCAGUUGUUAGCAUGGUUUAUUCAGGAGGAGUUGGUGACUUAGCUGGACUCAGGAAAGGUGACCAAGUGUUAGCAAUUAAUGGUGAAUAUACUCAAGGACAUGAUAAUGAAGUGAUACAGUUUGCUUUACAACAAGCUAUAUAUGUUGGUCAUUUGGAUUUGUUAAUAUGGAGAUCUAAUAGCAAAGAUAAAUGAGGGAAACGAGUUGCA